GGUACUAACCAGAUAGUGAUUUUACUGCCCUUUCCAAUGUUUAUUCCUUCUUCUUGGAUAUGUUCUUGAUUUUUGUUCUUUUCUGGGUGUUUUAUUGUCUUUCUAUGGAAGCCACAUAGAUUCAAAAAUCUUUCUAAUAAAUUUUUAUUUUGUUUCAUAUCCUUAUGUUUUUAUCUGCUUGGUCUUAUCCAUCUUUUAUGUGCUUUGUUAAUGGAUUUUCAAGCUUUCAAAUUUGGGUAAGGGACAGGAUUUUAAUAAAAUGAUUUUUUUUAUCCACUGGGUAUUUCAAUUGUUGUUGGGUUUCUAAUAAUUUUUUCUGGCAUACAAUAUUUAUAUCUAUAUAUAUUAAAGUUCUUGUCUUUACGAUUUAUGGUCAUUGGACUCCUAAUGGAAGCAUCUGAGAAAUAAAAAAAGGAAAAUUUUCGUUCUCGGGCAAUAGUCUGUUUUGUCUUCACAUUUAUGAUUUUUUUUUUUUUUUUCAAGUAGUAGCGCUGGUUUCUAGCUGAGACUUCUGUUUGGGGUUUCGUGUUGCGUUUUCUUCUCGGUCGAGUCUUUAAGAUCUUGAAGCCGGAAACUAAGGAAAGGAGAAGUCCUAAAUCUGUGGGAGAAAACUGGUCAUGACUAAAAGAAAAGAGGGUGUCUUUUGUGCCAUUUGGUGAAGUUUAUAGCUUUUAAGCAAAGUAGAGUGCUUUCUUUUUUAAGUUUUUGUGGUACUGGUUUUUUCAGUCAGCAAAAACCAAAGCCAUGCCUAUAAGGCAAAUGAAAGAGAGCUCAGAGCAACAUCUUGUGAUCAAAACCCACAUACAGAACUCCAUGAAUCCUGCUCAAAAAGCGCCCAAGACUGCUCAAAAUGGCAAAGGUCCACCACCAUCACCACCAACCCAAGAACAACAACAACAACCCCACCACAACGCUAAAACCCACAACCAAACUUCGCCUCCAACAAAGAACAGGGGAAGAAGAAGAGGCAGAGGUGGCCGGAAAUCCGAUCAAGGUGAUGUCUGUCUACGACCGAGUUCCAGGCACUGUACUGUGGCUAUUAAGCCAGAGUGUGCGAAUCUUGCCGGAGCUCUGGUGGCUAGGACUCCAAAUGGGUCUGUGGAAAAUGGAGCUAACUUAUGUGAGAUGGACGUGGGUUUUCCUACUUCAAGCAAGUCUUUGAGUUUUGCCCCUAGGCCUGGGUUUGGUCAAGUUGGGACAAGAUGUAUUGUAAAGGCCAACCAUUUCUUUGCAGAGUUACCGGACAAGGACUUGAACCAGUAUGAUGUAACCAUAACUCCUGAGGUGGCGUCAAGAACUGUGAACAGAGCCAUCAUGGCAGAACUGGUGAGGCUGUAUAAAGAAUCUGACUUAGGAAUGAGACUGCCUGCUUAUGAUGGCAGAAAAAGUCUGUACACUGCUGGGGAGCUUCCCUUUGCUUGGAAGGAGUUCAACAUUAAGCUUGUAGAUGAAGAUGAUGGAAUUAAUGGUCCCAAAAGAGAGAGGGAAUACAAAGUGGUGAUAAGGUUUGUUGCUCGGGCAAACUUGCAUCAUCUGGGCCAGUUUCUGGCAGGUAAACGUGCUGAUGCUCCCCAGGAAGCUCUCCAAAUUCUUGACAUUGUAUUAAGAGAACUCGCAACUAAGAGGUACUGCCCUAUUGGAAGAUCCUUCUUUUCGCCAGAUAUUAGAACACCACAACGGCUUGGUGAUGGCUUGGAGUCUUGGUGUGGAUUUUACCAGAGUAUAAGGCCUACCCAGAUGGGUUUAUCUCUGAAUAUUGAUAUGGCUUCAGCUGCAUUUAUUGAGCCUCUCCCCGUAAUAGAGUUUGUCGGCCAGCUUCUUGGCAAAGAUGUGUUGUCAAGGCCCUUGUCUGAUUCUGAUCGUAUAAAGAUUAAAAAGGCUCUUAGAGGAGUGAAAGUCGAGGUCACACACAGAGGUAGUGUUCGUAGGAAAUAUCGGGUUUCAGGAUUGACAUCCCAACCCACAAGAGAACUAGUUUUUCCUGUUGAUGAGAACGCAACGAUGAAGUCGGUCGUUGAAUACUUCCAAGAGAUGUAUGGUUUCACAAUUCAACAUUCACAUCUUCCUUGCCUUCAAGUGGGAAACCAGAAGAAGGCAAACUAUUUACCUAUGGAGGCCUGCAAAAUUGUUGAGGGACAGCGAUAUACAAAAAGGUUGAAUGAGAAACAAAUUACUGCUCUCUUAAAAGUUACAUGCCAAAGGCCUAGGGAUCGUGAAAAUGACAUCCUGCAGACAGUUCAGCAUCAGGCUUAUGAUCAUGACCCAUAUGCGAAGGAGUUUGGAGUCAAAGUCAGUGAAAAACUAGCUUCUGUGGAGGCUCGAAUUCUCCCUGCACCUUGGCUGAAAUAUCAUGAGACUGGAAAAGAAAAGAAUUGUUUGCCUCAAGUAGGGCAGUGGAAUAUGAUGAACAAGAAAAUGAUUAAUGGAAUGACAGUAAGCCGGUGGGCAUGUAUUAAUUUCUCAAGGAGUGUACAAGAGAGUGUUGCUCGUGGGUUUUGCAAUGAGCUUGCUCAAAUGUGUCAAGUAUCUGGCAUGGAAUUUAAUCCAGAACCUGUAAUUCCAAUCUACAACGCCAGGCCUGAACAAGUAGAGAAAGCUUUGAAGCAUGUUUAUCAUGCAUCCAUGAACAAAACAAAAGGGAAAGAAUUAGAGCUUCUAUUAGCUAUCUUACCUGACAACAAUGGAUCUCUUUAUGGUGAUCUCAAGCGAAUCUGUGAAACAGAUCUUGGCUUAAUAUCACAAUGCUGUCUCACAAAACAUGUUUUCAAGAUUAGCAAACAAUACCUGGCUAAUGUGUCCCUGAAGAUUAAUGUCAAGAUGGGUGGAAGAAACACUGUUCUUUUGGAUGCUAUUAGCUGCAGAAUACCAUUAGUCAGUGACAUACCAACCAUAAUAUUUGGGGCAGAUGUGACUCACCCAGAGAAUGGAGAAGACUCUAGCCCCUCAAUAGCUGCUGUAGUAGCUUCACAGGACUGGCCAGAAGUGACCAAAUAUGCUGGACUAGUUUGUGCACAAGCUCACAGACAGGAACUAAUACAAGAUCUGUAUAAAACUUGGCAAGACCCUGUACGUGGCACAGUUAGUGGUGGCAUGAUCAGGGAUCUUCUUGUUUCCUUUAGGAAGGCAACAGGGCAGAAGCCACUAAGGAUUAUAUUUUACAGGGAUGGUGUUAGUGAAGGGCAAUUUUACCAAGUACUUCUUUUUGAGUUAGAUGCAAUCAGGAAGGCUUGUGCAUCUCUGGAACCCAACUAUCAACCACCCGUCACCUUCAUAGUGGUACAAAAACGACAUCAUACUCGUUUAUUUGCUAAUAACCACAGGGAUAGGAGUAGUACAGACAAGAGUGGGAACAUAUUGCCUGGCACCGUGGUUGACUCUAAAAUCUGUCAUCCUACAGAAUUUGAUUUUUAUCUCUGCAGCCAUGCUGGUAUUCAGGGGACAAGUAGACCAGCUCACUACCAUGUACUUUGGGAUGAGAACAAUUUUACCGCUGAUGGAAUCCAGUCAUUGACAAACAAUCUAUGUUAUACGUAUGCGAGGUGUACACGAUCUGUGUCUGUUGUUCCUCCAGCAUAUUAUGCUCAUUUGGCUGCUUUCCGAGCCCGGUUUUAUAUGGAACCAGAAAUGCAGGAGAAUGGCACAAAUGGUCAUUCUGCCAAGGGUACAAGGGCUUCAGGAGAGUCCGGGGUCCGGCCCUUGCCAGCACUUAAGGAAAAUGUGAAGAGGGUGAUGUUUUACUGUUAGAAAAGGGAGAGAUGAGGGAGGAGGGGAGAGAGAUGGUCGGUUGCAGAGUGAUAGCCAGAUGAGGAAGCAAUCAUGAAAAAGAGGUUAUUUCAUUGGUAAAAUUCCUUCUGUAAAUGUAUAAUUAUGCAAUGGUUGCAGGGUUUUCUCAUUUGCCCUGGCCAAGAAUGGGGCAAAAAGGAAAAAGAAAAAGAAAAUGCUGAAAAGAAAAAAAUGCUUCAUGCAAAAUUUGACUCAGGUGAUUAUAGGUUGAAAGGGUUGAUGGGAGUUGUCGAUGCUAGGCUAGAUGAAAAAGUAGGAAGUCAAGCCAUGUUAAUUAUAGGUGAGGAAGUUUGCUAGAAUGUUGUCUGCACUCUGCAGUGACACCCGAUUCAGAUUAGAGAAUGUCAAAUGUUUGGCUCUGUAAAGAAAUGUUUACUAGUGAAUCAAAUCUUUUAUAUGUAGGAAAUUUUACAUCA